AUGUCGAAGAAUAAAAAACUGUCGCUGUCGGGCGGCGAUACGGCGGAGAAAUUUAUUUACAAACCCAAGGAUCUGAUAUGGGCCAAAAUGAAGGGCUUCACUCCGUGGCCAGGAAUGAUUGUCGAUCCACCACUGGAUUUGCUCAGCCAGCAGCGCCGGGCGAAUACCAAAUGCGUGUUUUUCUUUGGAUCUAGAAAUUUUGCCUGGAUUGAGGAGAACAACAUUAAACCCUUCGAAGGACCCUGGAAGGAGGAACUGGCCAAGGUGAGCAAGCCCGCUGCUUUCCGGCACGCCAUGACGGAUAUCGAAAAGUACAUUGACGACCCCGCCGAAGUGGACGAGCAGGUCAACAAAAGUUGCGGUGCGCCAAAUCACGCCACCGAGGCUGAUUUUGACAAAAUCCGGGAUGGCUUGGACAGCGAGGAGAUUGUGGGAGAGGAAGCUACUGCCGAUGCCAAUAAUGGAGUGGUGGCCCAUGUGGUGGGCAGCCCUGAUGACGGCGACGGCUUGGAUGUGGAAAUCAAUGCAGAUUCCUCAGCUUCCCCCGCCACAACGCCGGCGGCUACAACGAAGGCAGGUGGCAAGCGGACGCCUAAAGCCAAGUCCGUGGCCGCUGCAUCGGUCAAGUCGACAAAGGGAUCGGCAAAAUCAGCACAGAAACGGCGCACCUCUGCCCAACAAACGCCCAGUGGGCCAUCAAAUGCCAAGCGAGGCAAGAGGUCUGCUUCCGGGGAGGCAUUACAGGAUGGGGAUGAAGCCAGCUCCACGCCCACCGGCAGACGUCGGGUCGAGACUGACGCACUUUUGGCCUCAAUCGCUGCCAAGCGUACACCGAAUGCAAUUGCUCUGCUUGACCGACCGGUUGUCACGCGACCAGAGACCCAAGUUAUCGACAUGAGUUCGCGCUCCAACACACUGGCCGAUCGCGAAAUCGUGGCUUCAGAGCAGACCUUCGGCUUCCUGGGUCUGGGCAUGAUGGGAUCUACCAUAGUCAAGGAUUUGAUCUACACGGGUCACAAGGUUGUGGUCUGGAACCGCACCAUUGACAAGUGCCAACCGUUUGCCGAGGCCGGUGCUGAGGUCAAGGACACUCCCAUGGAUGUUGUGGAAGCUGCCGACGUUAUCUUUUGCUGUGUGUCCGAUCCAAAGGGCGCCAAGGAUCUCGUUUUCGGCAACUGUGGAGUUCUGCAGCUAAAGGAUUUGAACAAUAAGGCGUACGUUGAAAUGUCUACAAUUGAUCCGGACACUUCGUUGGACAUUGGCGAGGGUAUCAAGCAGUGCAACGGUCGCUAUCUUGAGGCACAAAUUCACGGCUCGCGCCAGGAGGCGGCAGAUGGCAUGCUCAUCAUCCUCGCCGGUGGAGAUCGUUCUGUGUUCGAGGAGUGCCACUCGUGCUUCAAGACCAUCGCCAAGAACACCUUCUUCUUGGGGACAGAUAUCGGUAACGCCUGCAAAGUAAACCUAAUUUUGCAAACCAUUUUGGGAGUGAGUCUGGUCGGGUUGGCUGAGGCGUUAGCACUUGCUGAUCGUUUCUCCAUUUCCCUGAACGACAUCAUAGACAUUUUCGAUUUGACUUCAAUGAAAUCACCCAUGUUGCUGGCUAAGGGCAAAGAAAUGGCCAAGGGUGACUUUAAUCCACAGCAGCCUUUAAGCCACAUGCAACGCGACUUGCGCUUGGUGCUAAACAUGGCGGAGAAUCUGGACCAGUCCAUGCCAGUCACCAGCAUCACCAACGAGGUGUUCAAGCACACCAAGCGCUUGGGCUACAGUGAACACGAUUCGAGCGCUGUAUUCGUAAGAUCCAGAUUUUAACAUUUAGUUAACACGACUAACGUUUAAACUAUGUUUUAUCAAUUAGUUUAAAGCGUACACCGAACAGAACUGGACCGACAUUGACACUGACACUGAAACAUACCAAACAGGACAGUAACAGAAACACAUUAUCCUCACCUACCCACCCGCACCCACCAAUCCAAACUGACAGAGGCGUCCGAUUGCAAAGUUUCCUUGCGAUUGGCAGCGCCAUCCUAACCUUCUGCAUCUUCCCCAAUCUGCCCACAUCAAAGCGUUUAUUGCAAUUUGGCUCCGACUCGCAUUGAAUCGCAGACCGUCAUAUCAGGUUCACCUGGUCUGACCUAGUCAGCCUGCAUUGCUCGCAGGAGCCACUGAAGUGUGCUUGGGAAGUGUGUUCAACAGCUGGCGGAUGAAGAACACAGUCUCACCGGUAUUACUUCAAUGAAUGGUGCAUUAUACGACUUUAGAGUGUUUUUUUGUAUUCUUUAACGGGUGAAACGCAAUCCCCAGCGAGAUGGGAGGCCAGGGCGCCGUGUUUCCGAUUUUAUGUGUGUAAGGUCUUGCUUUCCAAAUAUCAUUUUUACGCAUGUGCAUACAUAAUUUGUAAUUGUAUAGAAUACUGCAUCCGAAUAAAAUGUACAGAACAUACUUGUGAAAGACAACUCCGAAUGUGAAAUACGAAACGAAUCAUGGACCCCAAAGUGAGGAUCAAAACUCCCAACCUCCCAAUUUUUGUGCAUUUACAUUUUACACAUUUUUUCUAAGAAUAAUGAGUAGGCUAAUCGAUCAUACUGAGUAGAAUGGCAAACGUGUUUGGAGUGACGGUAACGACAGAUUGGUUUAGUUUUAGUUAUCUUUCCUCAUCUUCAACAAACGAGACAACCUGAAACGGAAAACGGAACAGAACGCACCACAACCGAUACGAAAACAUAAACUAUAACAACCGGAAGCAAACAAAAUAGCGUAAACUUUGAUCGAUCCCUUUGCGAGGAUCGUUAUUAAUAAUAAUAAUAAGAAUAUAUAAUAAAUAAUAUAUUUUACUUAUUAUUUAGUCUGUAUUUUGUUGUAAAACAAAGAUUAAUAAAAAGAUAAUUUUAAUAGAGGAUGUAAGGAAA